GAAACGCAGCGUGACGUCACACGUUCAGCAACCACAAACAGGAAGAAAACAUACAGCUGUUAUCUAAGCAGGGAGGGCUUUGGCUAGCUUAGCACCCCGUGUGGCGUUGUCACAGUAAUGAAACGGCAUUGAGAGUCGGAACAAACUGGUGUUUGGUCAUGCUGUGUCCGGAGUAGCGGCCGUAUCGAUAGAUACCAAGAAUACCGUCCUCCUCGACUUUCCUCCGGCCCGGCUGUUGAACCGAGGCGUGAAUGAGUGACUUGGUGUCUCCCACAGCUCUCAGUGAAGUCCAGCUCCGCUUCCUCUGCCACGAUGACAUAGAGAAUGUCAAGCUGCUCUGCGGUGAUUGGUUCCCAAUCGAGUACCCAGACUCAUGGUAUCAGGACAUCACCUCCAACAAGAAGUUCUUCUCCCUCGCUGCCACCUUCAGAGGAGGCAUCGUGGGAAUGAUUGUGGCCGAGAUCAAAGGCCGGACCAAAGUACACAAAGAGGAUGGAGACAUCCUGGCCUCCAGUUUCCCUGUGGACACACAAGUAGGAAGGAAGAGAAAACACAGCUUAUCAGAAACGGCGAAGGAGGACCGCCAUUGCCAUCCCCCUCUAACCCUCCUUCCAUUACGUGUGAGGAUCCCUCCCCCCCCCCAGAGCCCCCAUCCAGGUCCACGUCUCCCUCUUUCUCCCUCCCUUCAGUAAACCUUUCUCCCCCCU